AUGGCGCCGCUGGCGCGCCUCGCGAUCGAGCAAGGAUUCAAGGUCUCGGGCUCCGACGCCGCGUCGGGCCCGCGCUUGGCGGAUCUGGAACGUGCCGGCGCGCGUGUCUUCGUCGGGCACGACGAAGGCGCGAUGGCGGUGUCGUCGCCGUGCACUCCUGACGUCGUUGUGCGCUCGUCUGCGAUCAGUGACGCGAACCCGGAGGUGGUCGCCGCGCGGCGGCUCAACGUGCCCGUGCUCGACAGGCGAAGAUGGUUGCCGCACGCCACGCGCGGUUUCGACCUCGUGGUGGCCGUCGCGGGCACGCACGGCAAGACGACAACCACCAGCGCGCUCGCGCAGCUGGCGAUGCGUCUCGCCGGCGUCCGCGCCACCGCGAUCGUCGGGGGCGUCGUCGACGCGUUCUCGCACCCUGAGCUGGGCCUUCAGCUGCCGGGCGGCGCGCGGCGCGCGCCAGGCGAGGUCCGUGUGUUGGUGAUCGAGGCGGACGAGUACGGGGGUAUGUUUCUGGGACUGGAGCCGGACGUGGUCGUUCUGACAGCUUUGGGCUGGGACCAUGCCGACCAGAUCAGGAGCCCGGAGGCGAUGAUGGAUAUGUUCAAGGACUUCUGUCGACGGAUUCGGCGCAACGGCACGCUGUGCUUCUGCAGCGACUGCGCCAAAUGUGCCCAAGUUGUUCAGGCGACCUUGGAGGGCCGCGAGGACGUGGAAGCUGUGGCGUUCGGGCAGAACGACGCCGGCACAAGCGAGACGAGGCAUGCCUUCGUCGUCAAAUCGCACGGCGCCGACGAACACGCGCCGAGCGCGCGGUCUCAAACAUUCGUAGUGCAUGACUCCUUGAACGCCGAUCUAGGGCGCUUGGAGACCUCCAUGCUCGGCUCCCACAACCGUACGAAUCUCCUCGGCGCCGUCGUCGGCGCCGCCGCGGUCGCACGUGCCGCAGCGGCAGCUCGCCCGCGCCCGCCCGCGCACACGCGCGGCCUCCGCGCGCUGGCGUCCGAAGUUCUCGCGCGCACCGCGGACGUCGUGGCCCCGCGCCGGAGGCUGGAGAUCCUUGCGGCGAGCAGCGGCCGGGACGCGCGGGCGCAGCGAGUGGUGGUUGUCGACGACUAUGCCCACCACCCCACAGAGAUCGCAGCCGCGAUCGCCGCGACGCGCGAGCGGUUUCCUCACGCGUUUCUGCUGGCCGUGGUGCAGCCGCACACGUUCUCACGCGUCGACGCCUUCCGCGACGACUUUUGCGCCGUGCUCGCAAGCGCAGUGGGGCCGUCAGGCGGCGGCGACGGGGCGGUGUGGGUGCUCGACGUGUUCCCCGCGCGGGAGAAGCGCGACGUUUCGCCGGCCGAGGCUGCGCAGCAGCUCGCGCGGGACGUGGCGGCCCGCGCCCCCGUGCCAGCGGGGGUGACGUACGUGGGGGGUGUGUCGCAAGCGGCGUCCCUGGUGCGCCAGUUGUGUUCGCGGGCGAUGCGCGGAGACGACACCGGUCCAGCCGCCGCGCUCGGGACGCUCGUUGUGCUCGUCAUGGGCGCGGGCGACGUGACGCAGGUGGCUCGCGCAGCAGCCGCGGAGGUCCGCGAAUGA